AUGCUAGUACCAGAGUAUAGUGCACUUUCAGCAAGCCCGUCGGUGAUUUACAAUUCGGUUUUUACCGACGGGAAAAUAACUUAUAAUGACGGAUUCCGUCCGUCGGUACAAGACAAUUUUCUUGUAGUGUUAAAAUAUCUUCUUUUGAAAGAGAACUCCUUCAACAGAACAAUACCACCCUCAUUGGCUUCUCUCAAAGGUCUUCAAUAUUUAGAUGUUUCAAAAAACCAAUUGUCUGGAUCGAUUCCUGAUGUUCUACAAAAUAUCUCUGGUCUAAAGCACUUAAAUGUUUCCUUUAACGUGUUGGAAGGUGAGGUUCCAACAUAUGGUGUCUUUAGAAAUGCAACCCAAGUAGUAAUGAUUGAAAACAAUAAGCUUUGUGGAGGCAUUUCUCAGAUGCUUUUACCAGCAUGCUCCGUCAAGGAUAUGAAACAAACAAAACACCAUAAGUUCAUGUUGGUAGUUGUUGGUGUGCUUUUUCUUCUCACACUUUCAAUUUUUCUAACUGUCUAUUGGAUGAGGAAAAGAAACCAAAAACGAUCUUUUGAUUCACCGAUAAUUGAUCAACUAGAAAAGGUUUCAUAUCGAGACUUACAUCAAGGAACCGAUGGAUUCUCAAUUACAAACUUAAUUGGAUCAGGAAGUUUUGUCGAUUAUUCAUUUAAGCCAAGUAAUGUACUUCUUGACGAUGAGAUGAUUGCUCAUGUGAGUGAUUUUGGCAUAGCAAGACUUGUCUCAAACGUUGAUGGUAGUGCUCAUAAUGACACAAGUACAAUUGUUAUAAUAGGAACUGUUGGCUAUGCUCCUCCAGACUAUGGAAUGGGCUCUAAAGUGUCAACAUGUGGUGACAUGUAUAGUUUUGGAAUCCUAUUGUUGGAAAUACUUACUGGUAGAAGACCCACAAAUGAAGUUUUUGAAGAUGGCCAAAAUCUGCAUAACUUUGUCCCAAAUUUGUUUCCUAACAAUAUUAUGAACAUAUUGGAACCGGGUCUUGUAUCAAGAUAUGCAGGAGUAGAAACACAAGAUGGAAAUUGUGUUCGCACUUAUAAUUGA